GACCGCCAACUGCACAGUCCCAAGCGUCCAGCAGCUCGCAGCCUGCUGAAUUCAUUCCAUAUUGAUGCGAGACUUGCGCUAGACGAGAGACAUUUAUACCUGCUCUGCACUUCCAUUCUCGCAACCAUACGCUUGCAUCGUGAUCGAUCAAGCCGAGUCAAUAUCCAUCGGUCGGGGCGACCAUCUGAGCGCCGCGAUGCGUCUUCUGAAGCGCUCGCCAGGUGGCGGUUUCGAGCUGAUCACUUUGAAUGACGCCCACCCCCCUCCGUACGCUAUCCUAUCGCAUACCUGGACAGAAGGUCAGGAAGUCACGUACAAUGAGCUGGUGACCGGUGCAGGCAAAGACAAGGCUGGCUAUGCCAAGAUCUGCUUCUGCGGCGAGCAAGCUGCAGCGGACGGCCUUGAAUACUUUUGGGUGGACACCUGCUGCAUCGACAAAUCGAGCAGCGCAGAGCUGAGCGAAUCUGUCAAUUCCAUGUAUCAAUGGUAUAUGAAUGCGGCGGUAUGUUAUGUUUUUCUUGCAGAUCUUCCUUCACAGUCUUUGAUUGAGUCCGGAUUUCAGUAUUGCCGCUGGUUUACUCGAGGUUGGACGCUGCAGGAAUUGCUUGCGCCGACAGUGGUCAAGCUCUAUGAUAUGGAAUGGAACUUCAUUGGUACCAAGGUCGAUUUCGCCAAGACCAUCUGCAAUGCUACCGGAAUUCCAGUCCAACUUCUUCUCGGGCAUACAGCAUUAUCAGAUACGUCCAUCGCCAUGAGAAUGUCUUGGGCUGCUCACCGGCAAACAACCCGUAUCGAGGAUAUAGCAUACUGUCUACUAGGAAUCUUUGAGGUCAACAUGCCUUUGAUAUACGGCGAAGGUAUGAGGGCCUUCCGGCGUCUACAGGAGGAGAUCAUCAAGCGCAAUAAUGAUCUGACGAUCUUUGCGUGGGAUAUUCUGCCAGGUUUCAAGCAGCAAUUUGUUGGCCUUUUCGCUCCAUCGCCUAUUGCAUUUUCUGGGAGCUCUGGUAUCGUGCCAUUUUCGGACGAUUUUGCCAACUUCUCCGUUACGAACAGAGGUCUGUUUCUAACUGGCGAUAUCCCCCUACGAGUGGCUGAAGCAGCCACAGAAGGCGGUCGUAACGAAAAUUUAUACCUCAUCUUCCUUGGUACAACUCUGGAUGCGUCUGUUCCAGAUGAAGACACCUCACGUAUAGACGGUGGCAUAUACCUGCGCAAGAUUGGACCAAGACUAUUUUGUCGAGAAGGCCUCCUCCGUCUCGCAGGCUUUCGGGCAAGGGUUGAACAAGUCGGGAUAUAUGAGGUGACCGAGAGCUACAUUCUCCUUGACCCGACUACUGAUACCAUCAACGCUUCUUGGUCGUUUCGGAACCUUGCAAUACAUAUUCCCGUUCACGAAAAAAUUCGACUCGAAGAGGCAAUUCCCGAAACAUUAUGGGACCACACCGACCGGAUGUUUGUGAGGCCGAAACGCUACUACUGGGCCACAUAUCCCACGGUCCUCGCUAUGAGGUUCAAUGUCACUGUAAGUGACACCAUCAUCUCACUCGUAGUGCUUUGCGACUACAGGAAACAAGUCCCAAUUCUAAAGAUGUUCACCCCAAUUGAGUACAUACAAGAAUCAACAAUCAUCUUCCAGCGAAGAUACCGAGAAGAGACCAUAAGUUGGGAAGAACUAGAAAUACAAGCACCCGGAAUACAUGCACUGAAUGAGUCUGCAAUCGUGAAAGUUGGAAACAGUCUCCACCACAUUUCUGUCUAUCUCGAAAAGGGCAUAGUGGAGCACAUAUCUGGCGAAGUGGAAGUUUUGAGUUUGAGUUUUGCUUUUGGUCGAAAUCGUUCUUUUCCCUUAGAAUAAC